AGAUUCCCAGAGUGUGUCGGGAACAUGAGCAGUUUCUAAGCCCAGACCCACAGUGUCUUCUGGCACUUGCACAGGAUGAAGUCUGGAGUCAAUUAUCAAAGGACUGUUUGGCAGGCAUAUCACACGCUGCAGUACUUUCCUUUUUAAUUAGAUUUGGUUUCAUUUCUCAGCCCCUUUCCCAUAAAUGGUCACCACCAGUGAACACUUGAUAUAAAUUAUUUAUGAGGUGCUCUGAAAACGUCUGAAAGGAAGUUGCAUCAACUGUCAUUUAGUGCUAGUACGCGUACUGUAGAGAUGGAGAAAUAUAGGACAGUGUUGAAUUUAGUUCUGAAACAGCAUGCUACUCUAGGAUAUAGCUUUCUGGCCUUAGCAACAGCUGGGGGAGAACAGCUAUUCUCUGUUGUUGUGUUCAGUUGUCCCUGUAAUUCUUGGAACUUUGCCUACAGUAUGGUUUUUCUUCUCGUCCCAGCCCUGGUAUUAUUUUUACUGGGAUACUUCGUAAGUAGCAGAACCUGGAAGCUAUGUACUGGCUGUUGCAUCAACCAAGUAAAGCAUUGCUCUCAAACAAUCAUCUGCCGUGGUAUAAAGAUUUUUCUGCAAAUCACAGUGGGUGCUUUAGUAGCUCCCAUAACAUGGAUUUCUGUUGCAUUGCUGAAUGGCAAUUUCUAUGAAUGUGGUAUGUGUGGCUACCACAGUCAAUACCUGUUACAAACACUUUGCAACAACAAAUCCAGUGACUGUCAAUCCAGUCUUUUUAAACUGCCUUGUGGUCAUUCAACAUUGCCUCUGCCAAUGCAGGAAGAUAUUCGUCUCACCCUACAUGCACAGUCUCAGGUCCUUGGAUGGAGCCUGAUAGCAGCUAUCGUGGUUUUCACUCUGGCUUCUACUUGCAUUUUACGUUGUUAUUCUCCUGUCAGCUUUCUGCAAUUGCAGUUUUGGAAAAUGUACAAAGUAAAGGAGAAUGAGUUGUUUGAACAGAAGUCAGCGGAGCAUGCUAAAGAAUUGGCAGAGAGGAAUCUGAUGAGUUUCUUCAAUUCCGAAGGACCACAAGACAUAAGAACCCCAAACAGAGCAGCAUGGGAAGAGAUUUCCCUUCUAUACUCGUUCAGCAGAACGGAAGAAUACUAUAGCACAAUACACAAAUAUGCGGAAAGGAAGGCCGACAAUACCCGCACAUCCACCUCCACUAUUCACAUGGAUGUGCCUGCUGUACUGGACUUUGUUGAUGGUAAUAAAAAUUCUGUUGACAGCCAUGUUUGAAAAUUUGGCAAGGGUAACUGCAAUAUUUCUAAGACUUCCACAUAGCCUGAAAUAUGUGGUGUUUUUACACUUGUGUAUCAAAGUUAUGUUACAAUAUUUACAUUUGAUUCCUCUGUCUGGACAUGUAACAACACAUAAGGUUCUAUGUGCAAUUUUUUGUUACUUUUUAUAUAUUUUAUACACUUGCAUACUUUUUUUAUUGAAAAUGUAAGUAAUGCAUUGUAUUAAGGACCAGUUUUGUCAUUUGACCUAUACUGGCUACGAGGUCUACCAGAGACGAGCGAGUCAUAGCUGUCUUCAUGGUAAUGGACUCAAGAGAAUUUUAGAGGGUUUAUCUCUUCAUGAAGGAAAACAUAUUGGAAGCACAUUUUUAUAUAGGUACAUCUCUUAAUCCUCAUCUAACCACUAGUUCUUGGUAAUCCAAGUUUGAAUGUUAAAUAGCAUUACUAAUGCUUGAAAAGCAGUAGCUGAUACAGUUUACAGAAGCUCUGCUUUCGCUGCCAGUGUGUUUUGGAAGGAAUAUUUCAGGAUAACUUAGGAUAGAUUUGUCACACUCCUCGCAGGAAGCUAGGUUCAAGAGAAUGAAAGUCAGAGCUAGGGCUGUUCAGAACCCUGACAUCAUCCAAUUUGCACUUCUUAUUCUUAAAUUAUUAGUUUCUUCUGUUUGAAUUUAUUGCUCUGAAGAUUUGGAAUAGGAUAAUUUUACUACUUAUGCCCUAUUGUCGAUAUAUCCUAAAUCAAAACAAUUUACCAGGGAUAUCUAGAUUUAUCAUGUUUCUAGAACUCCCAAGUUUAUUCUGUAUGCAAUCCACAGACUAAAAAGUUGUAAGCCUUUAAUGUAAUAGGAGCAUUGCCAAAUAAUGAUAAUACAGAUCAUAUUCCUUACUUACACAAUUACAUAAUAUGAUAUAUAACAUUGACAUAUCAGUGUAGGUCUGCACCGAGUAACUUGCCUCCUGACUCCUCAAAGCUCUACUUAUUAGGUGCAAGUCAGGAGUUGGAUGUAAUACUCACCACUUGCCUGGAUGAAUGAAGCUUCAACAACACCCAAGAAGCUUUUCAUCAAAGCAGACCACUUAAUUCUCACCACAUCUAGAAGGAUACAUUCCCUCAACUACCCAGUAGAAGCUGUGUGUACGAACACCAAAGUUCCUUAAGUAGCACUUUACAAACCCAUGACCAAUUCCAAAUAGACGGACAAAGGCAGCAGAUAUAAUGGGAACACCACCACCUGCAAGCUUCCCUCCACUCCACUCACCAUCCUUACUAGGAAAUGUAUUGCCAUUUCUUGUUGUUGGGUUAAGAUCCUGGAUUUCACUUCCUAAUGUCAUUAAGGGCCUACCUACAGCACAUGGACUGCAAGAGUUUCAAGAAGGCAACUCAUUACCACCUUCCAAAGGGUAACUGGGGACGGGCAACAAAUGCUGACCAGACAGCAACAUUCACAUCCUACAAUUUAAUUUUGAAAUCUUCUUUAGGGGCCAUGGGUUCACAUCAGUUGCAGGUAUAAUUUCUCCUGGGUAAGAGCUGAUUGAAGUCAAUGGAAAUGAAAACCAAAGAGAAUGUAAAAUGGGAAGCUGAUGCAUUAUUGUCUGACACAAAUUACUAAGCAAGUGGAUUCAUUUUGAAACCACAGAACCACCAACAUAAUUUAACUUGAAUGUUCAAGAAGGAUAGACCCAGAAGAUAAAAUUUGGCUGGGACCUUUCAAUGCACAAACAUUUCUAGCACCUUUUGUCUCCUUUAACAACUUUUAUGUUGAAAUAAAGCUUUAUAAUGGUAUAAUUUUAAUAAGAGAAAAUGUCAUUGAUAUUUUUAUUGAUACAAGUGUAAAGAUAUUAUUGUAUAUUUUCAAGGAUAAAUAAAACUUUAAAAAUUCUACUAUAGUGAGGAACAUCAGUAACCAAGAAUAAAACAAAAGACUUAUUUAAAUAGAUAUCUAUAUAUUUAUAAUGCAAAAUAGAUUUAAGAUAUACUGGUAAAGAGAUGUCAGUGGCUGGGAAUAUCCUCAGAUCUACUCCCAGUCUGCUGCUAAAAUUUGUACAAGUGUUUAUACAUGACUUCUUCCCUAUCCCUUCUGAUGAACUUGUGACAACAUAAUGGGGUGCCUCUUAGGGGGUUCCUGACAAUUGUCAACUCAAACUUAAAGUUUCAAUAUUCUUACAUUUAAUAUAUUCUUAUUUUUCUUGACAUAUCAUAAACUCAUACCCUAUUAUCCUAUCAGAUAACAAGGUAUCACAGUAGUAGAGUAGCCAAGUUUAAGGGUAUUUAAAUGGUCAUUGGAUAGACAUAUGGAUGAAAAUGCAAUAGCAUAGGUUAGAUGGGCUUCAGGUUGGUUUCACAGGUCGGCACAACAUCGAGGGCCGAAGGGCCUGUAUUGUGUUGUAAUGUUCUAUGGUAAAAGUGACAAAAAAGUAAAGAAUAUCAACAUUUGUCUAGGAGUAUAACUAUUUAAUUUAUUAAUGCAUGACAUCUAUGAAUGAAGAAGGUAAAUCCAGCACAUUAUUUAAUGGAUGAAAUUUUAUUAGUUGGUAUAUGCUAUAGAAUAUAUGUUCCAGCUCUCAUCUGCAUUUAAUUGACAACCAGUUUAACUGCUAUAUGUUCAUUUAUGAAAUCACAAGAAUUAUGCUAAAAG